AUGGCAUCUGCCUCACUGCCGCCAACGGCAGGGCCUUCUGCCAGCAAUUCCUCGAACUUUCGAACGAUGAUGCCCGAGAGUAUGCCUGCGCAAGGGCCUCCAAGCUCCUUGUUCCGCACCACCCUCCCCGACUCGAUGCCCUCACCCGGGCAGGCGCAAGGCCGGAGCCCAAGCGGUGCAAGCUUUCCCUCUCAAGGUCCCAGCCCUUUUGCUUCCAAUCCUUGUGCUUCCUUCCAUUCCCGGGGCCCUCCCUCCCCAGGCCCUGGAGGGCCCAGCCCCAUGCAAUCGCAGGGCCCCUUCUCCAGCCUGCAAGCACCGCCCUUCCAGACCAUGCCCCCACAGAACCCCAUGGCCUCCAUGGGACCCCCGGGUUCGAUGGGACCCCCGGGCCCUGCGCCGGGAUCUUUGGGGCCCAUGGGUGUGAGCAUUCCGGCGCCGGGGGCAGACAACGUGCUUCCCAAGGAGUGCCUGGUGGUGGUCUCCAAGCUGCUCGAUGUGCCGGUCGAGACUGGGAUCUUUGGUGCGGGUGCGAAGACCUACUUCCUGCGAGUCCUGGAUCAUAAGAACACUGAGCUUGUCUCCAGCGAUGACAUACAAGGCAUGGACGACUUCCACUUGGGAAAUGCGCCAUCCCAGACGUUUGCCAUACCUCCCGACCUGGGCUCAAUGAGGGCGAAGACGACCUCGCGGACAAUCCACGUGGAGGUCUCAUUCUCCGGAGUCAUGGGAGGAAGCAUUAUUGGGGCAUGCCAGAUCAAUCGAAUGGACCCACGCUCGAAGCAGGCUUGGCCCUACGAGAUAUGUAGGGAUGGCGCGGUGGUUUGCGGAAUCGAGCUACGCAUCGUUGAGGAUCCCGACAUGAGUCAGCUGCCAACCCCUGGCGCGGCCAACGCUUCUGCCAAGGCCACAGGCUCCAUCAUGGAUUCCAUGGGUCUGGGCAGGAUGGUUGGAUCGCAAUACCUGACCGACAACGAGCUGGAUGAUGUGCACCACGGUGUGAGCAGCAUGCUCGAGCUUCAUGGAGCCAAGGACCUGCCGGCUCCACGCACGCGCGGCAUGAAGGAUGUGGUGGUCACCGUCAUGACCGACUCCGGGCGUGAGUUGCGGAAGCUCGGGCUCUUUGAGUCGCAGGAGCAGAUCGGUCGUCAGCUUACCUCUGUGGACUUCCAGCACACGCGCACCUUCGUCCAGGCAAGGGGGCAUCACAAUGCUGGUGGUAAGAGCCUGGAGCGGAAGCCUUUGGCCUUGGUCAUGAUAGUUUCAGGAAUGUAG